AUGUGCCAGGAGGUCAGCGCAAUCCAUGAUGUCGUCCUCUUUGACAGCCAGCAAGUCUCGGGCUCAGACUUCAACCCAUUAGAAUCACCCAGCCCGUCGCCUGCCAAGAGCUCCUUCAAGAGCAGCAGCAUGAACAGUCUCUUUGGCUCCCUCCGGAGCGACCGUUCCCUCCCUAUCAACCUCGCCGGCAGCCAAACUGUCCCCGUCCGCCGCACAACAAAGAUUAUCCCAUCCAUCAUCCCAAAGCUCAUGUUCGGCACAACCCCGCUCGCCUACAAGGGCUCAACGACAAAGAUCCAUCUCCUUAACGAGCCCGCCCGGAUCAUGAUGACAAAGACCUUCAGCAUACACCCAACCGAUGUCAUGGCCUACACCGUCGCAUCCACUCGGAGAGGCUCCUUCUCGUCCAACAACAGCGCAAAUGCUACGACCGCAGAGGUCAACUACAUGUCUACCAUCAGCGGCCACGGCGACUACAGAACACACCCUCGUGCCUCACGACCCAUGACAGCCUUUAUACCCGAGUCCGCCUACACUCGAGAUCGGGACCGAGACGAGAAUAGGAACGGGAACAUUUCAUCCUCACUACCCAAUGCCUCUCAUAUCCGGACACGGUCCUCAAGACCAGGGUUUGACAUACGUAGGCAAAGGCGGGCCAGUCAAACCAGCAUGGAGAACGGCACCUUCAACCCCACUCCCCUCCCCAGCUCCUUUUCGCAUCUCGACAGUCUCGGCAACGCCAAGGUCAACGACAACACUCGGUUGCGGGAAUUCGUGUUUUCGCACUUCGCUCUGAUCGAGACACGCCUGCACCACCUCCAGGCAUUAUGCCUGGAGCUAUUACUCCCUGUCUGCCGUCGGAUGAUGAACGCUAAAGCGGGACUGUCAGGAAACGGGACUGUCAGAUCAAUACCGGAUCUGGCGAGACUUUCUUUUCAGCAGGACCCAAGGCUUCAGGAAGCAGUGGCUCGACUCCAGCAGGCGAUCUAUCAGCUCUACAGCGCGCCACGGAUACAGUCGCCUCUGUGGCUCAACAUGAACACCUAUCCAAGUAAACGAUCGACUUACUCGUCGUCGUUUAUGGGGGAGCUCACUUUUUUGAUGGAGGAAAGUCCAGCGUCGGGUCAGCUGGUGUCGGAAGUCAUCACAGCAGUGUUGAGUCACCAUAUGUCCUGGGUUCCUACGGUAGCCCCCAUUGACCAGUCAUUAGCCAAUCCUCAGGGAGCAUACGACCCGCUCUGGGCGCAGCUGAGCGAUUUGUACGGGAACAUCGGGACAUCUUCCAGGAUCAGUAGAACCAUUGUGGUGGGCUCGAACGGUAGCUUUGUCCGACGGCUACUGUUCAUCCUCAGCUACUUUAUCCGCUGUAAUGAGGUUUUCCAACGCGUGACAGAGUUCAGGGAUGACCCUGAAUCGCUGCUGAACCCACCUGCACCCACCAGGAACAUGAACGAACUCGCAGAGGAAAAUGAAAGCGGGAGUCCGGCGACACUGGUGCGAUCGAUCAGUAUACCGAAGCGACCCAGGAUCGAUACGUUUGUGACUCGCGGCCUGUCCGUCUCUCGUGCAUCCGUCUCUUCUCGACUGACCUCGAUUGGAGAGCCUCCAACACCAACCUUGAUGGCUCACAACGACAACGAUAGACCCAUCACGCCUUCGGUCUCCCGGAGACCAUUGUUUGACACCUCUCGACCAAGACUUGACACCAAGGACUCUCUUUCCACAGAGUCGACACCUUACCACUCCCGACCUACAACCCCAACCACUAUCGAGAGCCGUGCAGAUUCUGACCGAGUCUCGGCAGCGGGCGAGGAGAAUGGAUUUCAAUCACAGAAUCGGCAUUCAUCUGUUCAUGGACCCAGUCAUCAGCUUCGCGUGGACACGAUGCGGUCCCGAACUCAUUCUUCAGAUACAUUGAGCACGGAUGCGCCACGGAGUGCACACGACUCUGGUUGCCCAGCACAGGAUGUUCUUGCAGAUGUGCCAUUGCCACCGUCAAGGGUCGUUUGUUCUUUCCCCCCGUUUCCUAGCACUCCACGCUUUAAUGGCAGCGGAGCUGUCAAUGGCGUCAGCAACGGGACAGGAGAUAGUCAGGAGGAAAAUGUCUUGCCUGCAGAUGUACUUUUCUGCAAGUCGUACGGACGAUCGCUCAUGGCACCGUACUGUGACAAAUACAUGUCCGAUUUUGCGCUGAUGGGUGUUCCCAAGUUUGACUUCCAGCAUUUUAUGGAGACGGACAUGCGGGAUACGAUGCGUCACUUUGAGAUUCAGGAACGGGUGUCGUCGACGGUGUGUAUAGUGGCAGAUGUGAACACAAUGAAGUGUAACGUGUUUUGCGCCAAGGCACCUGCACUUCUACCUCAAGCGAUACUGGAUUCUGGAGAUAUGAGAGGAGGUGUCAACGGUGGAGGUUUCAAUGGAGGAGUGGGGUUAGACCUGCGAGGCGAACCUGUGACUCGGCUACCCCAUGCCUCCACCAGUUCGUUCAUGGACUCGACUCUACAUCAGAUGGUUGACCUCGGCCGCAGCGGUCUCGCCGCAGAGCUCUGCCUUAAUUACUUGGAAGACCGACUUCACCAGUUAUACCAAAGCAGUCGGAUGCUUUCCAGCAUGGCGCGGGACAAGGAUUUUUUGAAGAGUUAUCCUACGUUGGACUCUAUGGCACCGUUGCUGGGACUGCACCGGUCGGACAUGUCGCUUCUGGCAGCCAUCUGUUCUACAUAUGACGACCUAGUAUGUACUGUCUUUGAGAACUAG